UAUGCCCCUUCAUAGUGACAGUUUGUUCUCGCUUGGGCCUCUAGUUUCAACUCAGAAAGUGGUGUUUCCUCCUCGUUGCCAAUCUCAGGGGGAUUCAGCUCUACUUUGAAUUCUGCUUAUCUAAAUUUAUAAAGAUGAUACCGGAUGUUGGGUUCUGAACAUGUCAGAGGUGGAGAGUCACGAAGGGUGCUUUUUUGUUUACAUGGUUUUUUCCGAUACAAGACUGCAAGCAGAAAAACACAUCAUAGACAUGUAUAGCUGCUGAAAGAAACAAUGGCAGGAGGAGGUGCAAUUUUCACUGGUAACCCUUGUCUAGCCAUCAGAGAUUCGUUCUUUUAUCUCAAAGAAAAUUUGAUCACCAACACCACACUGAUUGAUGAGUUGUUGGCUUGUUCAGUUCUCAGUGAUGAAGAGAAAGUGGACUAUAAGGACUUAAGUAACAUUCAUUGUGGGAAACUCAUAAAGAAAAUACUUAGGAAAGGAGAAUCAACAUGUCAACAGUUUCUAAAAGCAGUGAGAAAUCCAGAGUAUGGCAUUUAUCAACAUUUAGAGAGAUGGCGUCAGACAGUGUCUGCAGAGAAUGAUGACUUGCAUUUUCCUAGACAGCAUCUCAAGACACAUAGAGCCCUUUUUCUUGAUGAACUGGAACCCUCAAAAACAGCAGAUUAUUUGUAUCAGUUUCGUGUGAUUAAUAUUGAUGUACAUGAUGAUAUAGAAGGGGAAAUACAACGAAUGAAAAAGACACAGAUGAUUCUUGCUGAUCUUGAGAAGAAAUCGGAUGACUGUUGGAACACCUUUAUUCGUAUUCUGAAAUUUUCAGAGCAAGAUUAUAUACUGUCAACUCUUAAGGAAGAAGAGAAAAGAAAAUCUUCAACUCCUCAAGAGGAGUGUGUGGAGUGCGUGAGGAUAAAUUUUCGAUGGAUUCGAGAACAGCUUCAUUUUGAAAUGACUGCUGACCAUUUGGUACAAAAUGCAGUUAUCAGUUGUGCCAAGACUCCAGAGAACACAAUACACCGUGGGUUUUUGGUCAAAUCUGCAAUCAGAAAGGGCCACAGGGGGUGUGAAUCCUUAUUAAGGUGUCUCGAAACUCAACAAAAAGAGACGUUUGAAGAAGCUCUUAAGGUGUGGACAGAUAGAAAAAAGUUUGGUCCAAGAUUGGAAAUACAGAUCAGGCUACAAAUGAAUGAUUUGAUAAAACAUGAAGCGUUUUUGAUAUCUGAACUAGAACCUCUUCUAAUCAGUGACAUACUGCUUGAAGAAAAUGCUCUUUCAGUAACCGAACAUGACAACAUAGAAAUGGAGAGAAGUUUGAAAAGAAGAAACGAGAUCCUUUUGAGUUGUAUAAAACAAUCAAAAAAUGAUGUGCUGGAUGUUUUUGUUCGUGCUUUGAUGCAAAGUAAAAGAGAGUACAUAUUAGAAAAGUUUAAAACCCAGGAGGCAGAUGAGGAGCAAAUUUCAGCUUCAUCAAGCUCGGAAAUCCAUGUCAUUGCAGAUAAAGGAGUUUCACAACUGAUGACAUUAGGACCGAUAGGUCGUAUUGACCUAAAAAUGAAGAUAGAAGAGAAAAAUAACCCCGAUUCAGAGAUCGACAAAGUUGUAAGAGUGAUAAACAAUGACCCCAAAAUGAAAAUAGAGGUGGUGGACAUUACACAUAUGGCAGUGAAGGAAGCGACGACUGGCUCUGUCAUCAUUCACCUCAGCCCUCUGACAGACACUGCGCUUCACAGGUUUCUUGGUAAAGAUGGACGUAUUGUACAGUCUGUGGUGGAAAAAUUACUGGCCAAUGUGAAGUUAGACAAACUGUUAAAAACUGUUGAAGUUACAGUAAAAAUUUCCAAAAAGGAAUUGAGCCCCAAGGAUAAAGUUGAUCGCUCACAGAAACCUGAUGAUAUCAUGAGAAGGAAGAUACGGGAAAACAAAAGCAAUCUUAUUGAUGAAUUGGAGCCAUCACAGUUGAUAUCGUUCCUUAUCAGAAAAAAGCAUUUCUCUGAAAAGGACCAGAUAGAUAUUGAACAAGAAAGAGGUAGAAAAAGAAGAGGAGAAAAAUUGCUUGAUAAAAUAAGAAACUUUCCAGACGGUACAAUUUUGAAAUCCUUUUUGGAGUACUUGAAGUCUGCUGGACAAAAAGACCUCAUAGAUAUGGUUCAAGCUACAGAAAGAGACCAAGAUAUUCAUAAACAAGCAGAAAAAGUGAAGGAAAUACUUCUACAAAAUUACAAAGGGGUGGUUGAAGAACUUGAGACAAACAUCAUUCAGGAAACUUUGCAGACUUUUAUUGACAACCACAAACAUGAUAUAAAAGAUGUCAUGGAUAGUUUCUUACCUGCAUCUGGAAAAUCCAGAGGAGAAAGGAUGAAUGGAUUUUUGACAUAUGUCUUUAGAAAUGAUGAAUAUGUGUUACAAUUAGAAAAAGCUUUGAGAAAGAACUUUCUAGAUCAUUUACUAGAAGUGAAAAAAGAACAGGAGGAGGAACGGAAGAUGCCAGAAGCCAGUAGAAAGGUCUCUACAUCACCCACAAAGCUGAAAGAGGGAGAACUAUUUGAAUGUACUUACAGAAUAGUGGAAAAGGAGGCACCAGGCAUUUCUGAACUACGUAAUGAGGAGGAACAUAAAACAGACACAGGACUUUCCAAGAUUUUGGAAAAACCUGGAGAAGGGACUGAGAGUUUAAGUGGAAAGUAUCACAAGGAGAAUUUACCAUUCCUCAAAAAAGGUGAUGAAGAGCUAAGUCGCACUGCUGUACGGAAAGGCGAGAUCAAAAUAUCCAAAGAAGGGACAAUUCCUGCAGAGAGUGCUUCAAUGGAGAAACCUGUAGUCGCAGCAAUAGACUUUGGUACUACCUACUCUGGCUUUGCAUACUCUCUGAAAAAGUCUCCCUCAGAUGUGAUCACCCAGAAAUGGGACUCUAAGGCAGCUGACAAGUCUCUCUCAUCUCUUAAAACACCUACCACCUUGCUACUAGACAAAUCUGAUAACUUUAAGGCUUUUGGAUUUGAAGCAGAACAGCUGUACAAGGAGUAUGUUGAAGAUGGAAGACAUACAGAAUUCAGAUUUUUUAAGAACUUCAAAAUGAAACUUCACCAGAAGGAGUCUUUGGAUUCCUCUCUGAUGAUUGAAGACCAUAUGGGCCAGCCAUUGAGUGCUUUAAGUGUAUUUGCAAUAUCUCUUAAAUACCUGAAGGGCAAAUUUUGGGAAUUAUUAAAAAGUAAGCACACGGAUUAUAAGGAGGAGGAUGUACAUUGGGUUAUUACAGUGCCAGCCAUCUGGGAUGAAUUUGCCAAGCAGUUCAUGAGGCAGGCUGCAGAGCAGGUAAAUAUUCCUAAAGACCAUCUAACACUUGCACUUGAACCUGAGGUAGCCGCAAUCUAUGUCAUAACAGAGGCGAAGACAGUCUUAACAAGGGGAAAAGAACCAUUCACCAAAUACGAUCCUGGAGAAAAAGUUUUAGUGGCAGAUCUAGGAGGUGGAACGGCUGACUUCAGUGUGGUGGAGGUGACAGAGAAUCACAGACUGAAGCACCUUUACCAUGCUAGUGGAGGAGACUGGGGAGGCAAAAAGAUCAAUGAACAGAUCUUCCAAAUCUUCACUGAUAUAUUUGGCGUUGAAGUCAUGAAGAAGUUUAAAGAAAUGAAGGCAGAAGUCUUAGAAAUGGAGAAUGACAUUGAAAUGAAGAAAAGAGAUUUGAAAAUAGAUGGCAGAUUACAUGUGAGGUUGCUUCCAGCUUUGACAAGUUUAUGUGAAGAAACUAGUGAUAUCCCUUAUAACAUGAUGAUAAAAAAUUCUUCAUAUAGAAAAUUGGUUGGGAUUAGAGGAGGUGGAAAAAUAUUAUUUGAACCCUCUCUUGUUAAUGACAUUUUUGAGUCAGUUGUUGGGGAAAUUGCAAAACAUGUAAAAACUGUUCUAGAGGCACCCGCAACAAUUGGUGUGAAGACUAUUAUUCUUGUUGGAGGGUUUGCAGAAUGCGACAUCAUCAACGAAUACAUGAGGAAGAAAUUCUCCACUUAUGAUGUUAAAAUUCCUCUGGACCCUGGACUAGCUGUUUUGAAAGGUGCUGUAAAGUUUGGACAUGAUCAAGGUAUUAUUGCAGCUAGAGUGUGUAACUAUACGUAUGGCUUGGAAAGUAAUCGAUACCUUUUAGCCACAGAUCCAGAGGAAAAGAGGCAGUGGAUUGGAGACAAACAGAUGUGUACAGGAGUGUUUGAAAAACUCAUCACCAUAGGAGAUAUGGUAAAAGUAGGCCAAGAAGUAGAGAAGGAAGUCUUGGCAUCCACUGCUGAUAUGACCAAAAUGACUUUGAAUAUUUAUAGAACAAAGCAGCCAAAUCCACAGUUCAUAACAGAUGAGGGAUGUGAACUAUUCGGAGAAAUGAUGGUGGAAAUGCCGAGUACAAAAGGUGGACAAGAAAGGAGUGUAACAGUGUCAAUGCUGUUUGGUGAAACUGAGAUAUUGUUCUCAGGGCAAGAUCAAGCUUCCACUCGACGAUGUGAACUGACAUUACAAUUACCAGUAUAUGGUUAAAGCUGCUUUUUUUCCCCAGUGAAUUGUUACUUUGUUAAGUUUUUAUAUGCUUUGGUUGCAUAGUGCUAGUUUUUGUACAUGUAAUUGUGAUCCAAACAAUUUAGCUUUAUUUUAUCCAGUUGGCUCCAUCAGCAAUUUUUGGUGGACAUAAAAUUAAAAAAUGACCAUGAAUGAUCAUCAAUGUUUCAUGAACAAAAAAGUCAGUUUUUAUACAACAGGAACUUCAUCACAGUUGAAAUGGUUUAUAACUUGGAAGGAAAUCACCUUUCUGGUAGAUUACAGGCAUCUCCAUCAGCAGUGCAUCUAGAGAAAUGUGAAUUUACAAAAUUAGCGAUUGGAAAGAAAUACAAUGAAUAACCAUUUCUAUUGAUUUUCUAAGAAAUGAAGAUCAGUGUUAUUGAUUAGUAGACAGCUUGUGAUAUAACAUACCCUUGCAAGCAGUGCAUGUUUUUCUCAUAUAUGUAUUUGAUAUUUUAAUCAUGAUUAUUCAGGGGUUUUUUUUUUUAGCUCUACUGAGCUGAAAUUUUAAGCUCUGGUAAACUUUUCUGAUCAAAAUUUGUCCUUGUUUGCUUGUCUGAUAACUUCACAUUUUCAACUUCUUACCACAGGGUCAAUUUCCACCAAACUUGCCAGAAUGCAUCUUUUAUAGGUAAAGGGGAUUCAAGUUUAUACAAAUGAACAGCUUUUUACCAAAGGGAGAUGAUGGCUAAGUGAUGAUAGUGAGAAUAGGUUGAAAUACAAUGGAAUGUUUAAAAAUUCUUCUCAAGAGCCACUGAACCAGAAAAGGCAAAACGUAUUUGAAAGUUUCCUUACAUAAUAAAGAUUCAAGUUUGUUCAAACCAUGAGUCCCAAGGUCGAGAUAUGGCAACAAGAGAGGUUCAAGAUUGUAGAUAGAAAUAUACUGCUCCUGUACUUACGAGAUUCAAAUUUUACCGGAUUUGGCAGUGAGGCAAGAGUUAUAGUCGUGCUGAAAUAUGAAACUCUCUAUUUGUCCAUAAUCGUACAUAGAAGAAGUGCUAAAUCAUGUUCUGACUGUGCCAAAUUUUGAAUACGCUAAAAUAACUACAUAUGCAGUAUAGAUAGAUUCUUCAGAAAUCUUCACAGUAUGUCAAAAUACCAUGUAAGCAUCUUCAUUCAGUGUAGGUUUAAGUUAGUUCAUACCAUGACCCCCAGGGUCUUGGUAGAUCUGCAAUAGGGUUUUAAAAUGUACAUGAUGAUAUACAGUGAAACUUCUUCAAACCGGCCCCUCAGAAAACUGGUUCUCCCUGAAUAUCGGCCGAUUUUCAAAGUCCCGGCAGAAAUCUUAACAUUUCCUUACAAAGAAAGUCUUACAAAUUUAGUCUUACUUACCCCUGAAAACCGGACAUCGGCCACUUUUUAAAGUACAUUUGUUAACAAACGUGUGUAAUUUACCACUUUUUGAAGACAAGAAAAUUUUGGCCAGAGGAUGUUCAGGUGUGCAAAUUGACUAACCCAGUGGCCUCUUCAAUUUCUAUUGUUUAUAUGUAUUGACACUUAGCUAAUCCAAGAGACCCUUCCAAAUUCUAUACAAAAUGUAAAAAACAGUUUGGAACAUAUUGAAUGAAUACAGUAUCAAACGCCAUAUUGUUACACUACAUUACCUUAUGGAUAUAAGCGGUAGUUAAUAAAGAACAAACCCAUGACUGUUAAUGAUAAUUAUUAAAAGAUAGAUUAAUUUUCUUGGUUUCCAUAGACUUAAAAUUCCAAACAAAUAUUCAAAUUACAAUUUCAUAUUUACUACUGUACUUUUUAAAAACGUCAAAACAAAAUUGUUAAUGACAGAAGCGAUGAAUGUAAACAGAGUUUUUAUAGGUAAGAGGAAUUCCAAUAAUAGGCCUCUGUGUUUUCUUUAUGUAUCCUGUUAUAGAUUUUCAGUUUAAAAUUAGAUGAUUUCAGCAAGAAUAUUUCUUGUAAUUCAUAAUUACCUUUAGGUACAAGCGAACUAAUUUAAUCUCCACCGAUAAUUGAUCAUAGAUCACCAGAUCAAAGUGAACAGUACCUACUUUAAGAAUAUUGAGAUAAAACGUCUAUAAUUGCUAAAUUCUCGGUAUACCGGUCAUCCCUCUAAACCGGCCGGGUUUUUUCGGUCUGAGAGCCGGCCGGUUUAGAGAAGUUUCACUGUAUAGGAGUUUCUUCUAAGAACCACAGAUGUACUACAUGUUGUAGGCCAGUAUCCUUAUGUAAUGUAGAUUCAAAUUUAUUAAUACUAUGAUCCCUGGGGCGAAGUUUCACAUAGAAUUAUAUAGAAAACUUCUGUACGGGUACCACAAGGGGCAUGGAUAGGGGUUAUGUAAUGCAGUAGCUGAAUGAAGGUGGGCAAUGUUGUUUAUAGGUCUUGUUUGGUGGGGGAGGGUUAAAUGAAUUAGUUUAUAUCAUUAUACAACAAGGUUCACAAAGGGCCUUCUUUUGCCCUGUGAUUUUUUUAUGCUUAUUGUUAUUGUGAUUAAUAAACAUAAUAUAGUUUGGAUCAAAGGUUACACUUGUAUUUUGAGUUAUAAGAAAUUUUGACAUCUAUAAAGCAGAUCUUGUUCUAGUAAUGAACUUUGAUUAAAAAAAAUGAUUGUUAACAAAUAAAGUUGAAUUUUGUUGAAACUUGAAAUUAAGUAGGCCAUUUUAUGCAUUAAGUCAUAACCUAGUUACAGUCAUUUUACAUACACAUCAUUUAUCUUGCAUUUUUGUACUUUUAAUAUGUACAUUUUCAUUUUGUAUAUUUACUGACAUGUUUAUUCUAGAAAUUCCUUGUUUAUAUUGAAAACAGGUGAAUCUUGUUGUAGCAGCAGAACUGUAGCUCUACCGACAAAAAUUAUGUUGAUUUUACUACAUGUAAUGAUCAUAAUCACUGUGUUACUCGGGAUCAGGUAGUUUUAAUUACUCUGGGUGGUACAUUAAUUUUACUACAUGUAAUGAUCAUAAUCACUGUGUUACUCGGGAUCAGGUAGUUUUAAUUACUCUGGGCGGUACAUUAAUUUUACUACAUGUAAUGAUCAUAAUCACUGUGUUACUCGGGAUCAGAAUCUUCAGAUUUUAUGAUUUCGACACACAAAACUCCCUAAAAUUCAUACAAUUGUUUCAUGACCAUUUUUGCAAAACACAAUUGUCAUUUAUGAGGAAUAAUACACCAGAGAAAUUUGAUAUGAAUAAAAAGUGGAUGAUACAUUUAUGUACAAUAUUUUGGAAUUGAAAACUUUCAAAUUUACUUAAUUUAGUGAAAAGAUGCAUUUUUAGUACAAAGUAAUCUGAAAAAAAUCAAAAUCCCUGAUGGACUUGAAUCCUCAAUCUACAGGUCAACAAGCGACACACUAUCUGAGAUACUCACCUAGGCAAUUAAAUUUAAACGAAAUAGACAGAUGUUGCUGAUAUUUAUAUUUCCAUUCAUGUUUUAAAAGGAAGUCAUGCAGUCAUUAUGACAAUGUAGUAUUACCUCCUUAAGGCUGGUAAAUCUUUUCACAUGUCCGGUUUGAAUUUUACAUUCUGGUCAUGAACUUCUGGUUAUUUUCAGAGUUACAGUUCUGCUGCUAGUUAUUAUUUAGUGUUUUCAGAGUCAACAUGUUUAAGCAAUACAUGUAUAAGUAAUCCUGCGAGGUAAAAAGGAAAGUUAAGGGAGACAUUGACCCUCCAUCUGCUAGAAGAACUUGAAAAAAAAGUCCAUGUAUUGAAAUAAAAGUUCUCGAAUGCCAUGUUAUCAGUACAUCUGCACCCCAUGACAUCAAACUGUGUGUGUUGUGUAUCUAGAUCGAUCAUUUUAUUGAGACCGCAUGCUGUGCUGGUUUUGGAUAUGAAGAGUUUUUAAUGAUUCUCUGCAUACACACACAAUUGUCAUGUGUGAGAAUUCUUGAAAUAGUUCAUCCCUCACAUGACAAAUAGUAGUAGCAAUGAGGAUUAAAGUUCAUGAUGUGAUGGCAAGUGUGUUGUUGGGUUGGGUAACUUUUGGACAAUUUAAAAGUAGGUUGCAUUAUGUGUGAUUAUGUACUAGCAUUUAAUACAGUCAAGCCACAAAACUUCAAUAUAUUUUUUAAAAGGUUGGGAGGAUUAGCAUCCCCUGCUUUCCCUGUUGGGACUAAAGUUGCAGUUUGGUACACGUUUUAUUUUGUAUUAAGUUAUUCUUCAUUGAUAUCUGCUUUGUAAAUUGGAGUAUUUUCAAGAUUUACCAAGUAUUCCUAUCAUAUAUAUGAGGGUAUACAUUUUCUAAAGUUUAUGAAGCAGAAUAUCUGUGGACAAUUAUGAUAAAUCUUGUAUUUUUGUUAAUUCAAUGUAUUAUUCUAAAUAAUCUUUAAAAGAAAAAGGUACCUUAACAAUUAAGAAUUUGAAAAAAUUCCAAAAUGAAAUAUUUUGUGAUGUAUGAAGCAGCUUAGACAUAAGAUUAUUUAUGUUCCCAUUUUGGUCCAUAAUGAGUGAAUAUAUGUGGGUUUCAUUAUGUUAUAACUUGAUUUGACGUGUUUUAGCAAAUAACUUAAUAAAUCAUGAGAUCAUC